AUGGAGGGGUCAGUGUAUCACAUAAUUUGUGACAGGUUCAACAUGGUUGUAAUUAACUUUCUUGUUGCUACACCCAGGCGGCUCAAGUAUUUCAUAAAGGAAGGACUGGUGAGAGAACAUGUAACUUAACCUGAUCAUUCAUUAAAAAAAAAAAAAAUGUAAUAAAUUGUACUGAAAUGCUGGAAAGAUUUAUCCUUCUUUUGCUUGAAUAUAGGUUUAUUUAAGGAAUGGGGAGAGGGGAAAUGUAGGCAGGGUGUCAAGAGCUCAAUAUAUGUGAGGAUCUUGGUGAAAACAUGCAGGGGAUGUCUGAAAUUGCAGGAGAAGUAAAGCAGAACUAUUGCAGUUCUUGAUUACCAAAGACAUCUUACGAAUUGAACAUUUCUCAUAAGGGGUAACAUUAAUUUGAUUCAUUUCAUUGUUUGUGUUUGGGUUUCCCUAAAGAAUGUUCAGUUUCUGAUUUUGGAUGACACUGACACAAUGCUUGACAUGGGAUUUGAGGCAGACAUCAGGAAAAUUGUGGAGACAUUGGGGAUGCCUGAAAAGACAGAGAGACAGACUCUCAUGUUUAGUGCAACUUUCCCUGGGGAAAUUCAACGUCUGGGUGGCAACUUUCUCAAUGAUUACUUGUUCUUGAUGGCAGGGAUGGUGGUAUCUCAUCAGACAUUCAGCAUACAAUCUUUUUUUUUUUUUUUUUUUUUUUUUUUUUAAACAAUUUUAUUCUGACCUUUCAUUUACACAGUUACAAUUUUACAUUCAUAAAAUAGGUUAAAAAUGAUAACAAUUGGAUAUAUCUAACAAUUUUACACAGUUACCCUAUUUUCAGCUUAAGAAAAUAUACAAAUUAAACUAAUUAAACCAAGCAACAUAACGUAAAAAAAAAGAGAGAAAAAACAGGAUAGAAGGCAAAUCGGCUUAAGAUUUUUGAAAUUAUUAACCAUUCCUUUUCAUUUGAAUAUCCAUUUCUUUUCAAAGAAGUUUUUCUUAUUGUCUCAGCGUACAAUCUUGGAUGUACCAGAAGAUCAGAAGCGAGAAAGUGGAAUAAAUUACUCAGCUGCUCAGGGAAAGAUGCAAAAUCUGCUUUUUUGCAGUAGUUAAGAGUUAGGAGUGUUAAAUUAUAGAGAAAGUCCCAUUUGAGCUAAAUUAAAAAGACUUUCAUUAAAAAAUAUUGCAUGAUGCACCUAACUGUUGACCACAUGGCUUUUGUUGAAAUAAGAAAUAUGGAAAUGAAACUUGAUGCAUGUAUAUAUUGAUUUGUUUUUUUCAAAAAGUUUUUUUUUGGAGUCAGUCUUAAGUUUAGUUAUAUUACCACCAGGAAGGAAGGAUUUCCUACUGUAAGUAUCCAUGGGUAACUUCAAAAGCAGUUUGAUGGUAUACUCAACCACCAAAACAACAAAGAUGGUACCCAAGUCAUUUGGCAUUAUAUUGUUAUCUCAUAUUUAUUUAGUAAAAUGCUGUUUUCAGUUUAUAUAUUGGAAAUGAAACUUGAUGCAUGUAUGCAUUGAUCUUUUAAUUCAUGGAAAGCUAUAUUCCUUGGUUUUCCACAGUUCUUUCUUAACUGGAUCUGCAAUAUUGAUUGUCAUUGAAUUCUGUAUGUAUAUGCACAGUGUUCAAAAAGUGAAAAGACCAUAGGAGGCAGUUUGUUUUGUUUUCAGUCAUUGCCUUCAGCAAGAAAGAGAGGAAGCUUUAAGGGACUUCAGGCUAGGCCGCUGUCCUGUUCCUAUUGUCUCCAAUAUUGAUGCCCAUGGCUUGGACAUAGAUGAUGUCAAGCAUGUUGUCAACUAUGACUUGCCAAAUGAGAUUGAAAAGUUUGUACAUAGAAUUGGUAAAUCAGGAUGUAUUGGGUAUGAAGGCAAGGCUACAACUCUCUUCCAGAAAGGAAAAGACAAUAAGAUUGCUAGGGCAAAAUUCUGUCUGAUGCAAGUACUUUCUUUUGGUUUGUGUUUCAUGAUGUUGCUUUGUUAUGUUUUGUCUUUUCUUAAUAUGAGUGAGUAAAUUGAUUCACUUCAUGUAUGUUGAGAAGGUCUUUAACUUUAGCAGUUCUGUUGAAUGCAAAUUUUAUGAUACAUCCAGGCACCUUAAUCAUCCGGUGCAUAUCCUUGGUUAUCUGGCUGCUUAGAGUGCACAUUGUUCUUCAUUAUCCAGUGGAAUCUGUUCUUUGGGUGAAUCAUUUGCCUACCUUUAAAGCAAACUUUUUGAAGGCACCAUUUUUUGACCUAAAAGUGGGUACAGUGUAUAGUACUCCAAGCUAUUCUGUAGUAUGUUAUGGCCUGAGUUGCUCUGAAAAGUUGACAUUUCUUCUGACUUGUAUGUGCUCAUUGUAGGCUUCACAAGAGGUGCCAGAAUGGUUAGAAGAGAUUGCAGAGAGUGCAGAAGGCACAAGUUAUGGCCCAGCAGGAGGUCAUUUUGCAUCCAGAAACACCAGGAAACACUGGUACACUAAAAAUUUUUUGACAACUUCCCAUGGUGUAACAUACAUGAAGCAAUUAAUCUUUUACACCCAGACAUCCAGUCAACAUGCAUAUUCUCCAUACUGUUCUCUGCAACAUUUGCAAUGAUGCUGGCAAGGAGGAUUUGUUUAUUAACAAUCAAGAGCUUCUUGAGUUGGUGAUCAUUGAUAUAAUUAUAUUGUGACCUCAACGUUAAAUUUAGGGGUGAUACUGCAAGGGAAUAUUAGAUGCUAGCCACCCUUACUGGUUAUAUGUCAGUUUUAAUGAUGCCCCUCUGCUUAAAAAAAAAAAAAUGAUACAAACUGCUGUUGUAUCUGAAAAUCUUUGACAUACAGUCGUGUAAAACAAAUGCAAAUUUUUCCAUUAAAAAAUGGUUUUGGUAAAAGUUUGGAGUGAUCAUUGAGUACUUAUCCUAUCCAUGGUUAUUUGAAGAGCAAAGAGCCAGAUGUACAGUUUUAUUGUUACAUCAUAAUUAUUUUCAUUCACAUAAAUGUUCAAUUUGUAGCCUUGAAAUGUUUUAGGUAGUUAAUGACCUCAAGAAGUAAAGAGUUUCUUCUUUACAUUCAGUGCAAUUACCCACUGCAAACAAAGAUAAGCAGUUAGAAAUUCUUCUUUUUAUACCUGAGCAAUGUUAAACCUCUGAUUUGAUCUUUGUGGUAGUUUGGCAACAGCAAUGGCUGGGGAGGAGAGUGGAAUAGUGAGGAAGCUAAUGCUCAAACUAACGGCCAAAAUAGCAGCACUGUUGCUUGGUCUUCAGCUGGUGGUAUGAAGGAAGAAGAGUGGUGAUUUUCGCAUCUUCAGAUGAUUUGUUACUGUUCUGAUUCAUGUCAUCAAGUGGCAUGGAUAUAGUUUUUUACUUGGUUUCAGUUUUGCAUUAUUGAGAGUUUAUUGGAUUGGAUACAUGUACUUUACCUUACCAUUGUUGAGCUGAACUAUAAUAGAUUGGAGUUGUACUCUAUUGACAAUGGCUGGUGUCAUGCCUUGGCUGGAAGAUGAGGGGGAUAAAAACUACAUUGCAAUUAUUUUUUACAUCACAGUGAACCAACAUGUGUGAUGGAACAAGGUUCAGAGAGAAAUAUAAUCACUGGAUUCAUCAGAGUGGGG